UCAAAUUUCAAGUCUGUGUUUCACAAUCAAGUAUGAAAAGGUUAUAAUUUAGAUUUUUUACUUUUAAAUUACUAUUUUUAAAGAAAUAUGAUAUAAUAUUUUGUUUAAAUAUGAAUUUAACGCGUAGUUUAUGCAGUCUACGACACGGAGGCUCACGUUUUUGCAUCUUGAAAUAUUCAAAACAAACUGCCUUUUUGAACACUCUAACUUCUAUAAGCAGAGAUAAUCUUCCUGUAAAAAAUGAUAUAAUUUCCCAAAACACUAGGUUCACAUCUACAUGUGACGUUAAAAGUGUCCCUAAUGAAGAAAGUGCUAUUCAAAAGUUCCUUAAAAAAAUUCCGUUUUUCAAGAUAAACACUCUGAGAGCGAAAGCAUCUGGUUAUUUAAUCUAUGAAGCCAUUGUAGACAAAAUAAACUAUUUGGAAUUCUUUGAGAAGUACGAUAUUCCAGAUACAUUCUAUUCCUGGUUUGUUUUGACCGAACUCCAUAUAUGGAUGGUGUCAGUAAGAGCAAUGGCUGAUGAAGUUGAUGGUGAAGCUAUAAGAAAUGGAAUGAUAGAAGCCCUUUGGAGCGAUGUAACUCAAAGAAUAAAACGAGUUGGGACUCCAAGUGUAUCGGGCACUAGAAACACUCUUAUGCAGUUGUCAGAACAACUUCAAGCAGCUUUGUUAGCUUAUGAUGAAGGUGUAAAUUCUGACGAUACUGUUUUAGCCGGUGCAAUAUGGAGACGUAUCUAUCAAAAGAAUACUGCCUCUCCCCAUCACUUAGAAGAAUUAGUUCUCUAUGUUAGGAAACAUGUGAAUAUGUUAGAUGGUUUAAGCAAAGAAGAAUUACUAGCAGUUAAGCCUGUUGUUUUUGAACCCGUGUAAGUUGUUCAGUGUAAAUAUUUAUUUUAAUAAGUUAUUAAAUCCUGUAAAUUGUUU